AGGGAUUAAUAAUAAGAUAUUCAUUGGUUUCCUUCGAGUAUAGUUAUUAUUCACAGGUCAACGACCAAUGUGAUCGUGACUUCUUUGUAGCAAUUCCCGAAGAAGGAAUUUGAAAAAGAAAAAAUAAAUACAAGUGACAAUCGCGUUGACGAUUAAUCAACGGAGAGAUUCGCGGCCCGGGAAAAUUUGAAUUUUCUGUAACAUCGAUUACUCGCAUGGGGCUCUUUUCUUUUGUUAUAUAUAUAUUUUUCUCUAGUCGAUUAAACUUUCGUACGUUGAAAAAAAUUUUAAUCAGCUUGAAUAUUAGUUGUUGAGAUUGCGAUUGAAAAAAAAAAGAGUAGAUAAAGAGAAAAAGAAAAAAUACAAGGAAAAUAGGUGUCCCCUCUAUCGAUGUUUGAAUUUUUUAUUAAAAAUAAUUAAUCGAAAAAGAAAAAGAGAGAGUUAAGGGAAGGAAAAGAGCGGUACGAUUUAACUGCAACUGUGGAGGGUCUUUCCGUUUAUUGGGAGGAUUUCGUCGAGCAGCAUCGUGUAAAUGCAGCCACGGCGGCGAACAUCUUUAUGAACUAUUCCUCACAGGACAGGACCAGAAUGGUUUCCCACGUCAUUCCUGUCACCGGAGAACUGCAACAGGGUAACGGUAGCUUUGGUACUGCAGGACUAGGUAGCAUGCAGGACUCUCCUCAUCCUUUAAAAAUAAAACAGGAACAUUUUCAGCUGUCCCCUCCUUCGCCACUUCCGGCUAUACAUCAAGUGAGUAAUUUCAUAUCGGAUCUACAAAAUGGUUACGUGAUCAAUGCUUCGAAGGAUCUGGAAUCUUCCGUAUCUGCUGGUUUAAACAAAAGCCUAACUUCUCAUCAUCCGUCCUUGAGUAUUCAUCAUCCUCACCAUAGCUUGCACAGUUCUAAUACGACAAUUUCGAUUCACUCUACAACACCGUCCCAACAACAACAGCAACAGCAACAACAACAACAGCAGCAACAGCAUCAUCAUCUUGAAGAUAAAGUGUCUUCACCUAGUGGAGGACUUCACAGUUCAACGACUAAUAGUAAUUCUUCGACACCCUCUGCACCGUCAACGCCUACUGCUGGCACAGACAACAGUGCUGGUUCGAAUACUGCAACGAGUAGUAAUAACAAUAGUAAUGGUAGUAAUGUUUCAACUGCAACAAGCAAACCACCUUACAGUUACGUUGCUCUGAUAGCCAUGGCGAUACAACACAGUGCUGAAAAGAGGGCGACUCUUAGCGAAAUUUAUGCUUACAUCACUUCCAAAUUUCCGUAUUAUCAGAACAAUAAGAAGGGAUGGCAAAAUUCUAUUAGGCAUAAUUUAUCAUUAAACGAAUGUUUCGUCAAGAUACCACGCGAGGGUGGCGCCGAGAGGAAGGGAAACUUUUGGACACUCGAUCCAAGUUUCGAGGACAUGUUCGAAAAUGGUAAUUACAGAAGACGCAGGCGUAUGAAACGUCCAUACAGAAAUGCUCCUUACCCAAAAUCUAUUUUCGGUGAUCAUUUCUCGCCGACGCACGUCCAUCUUGGUCCUAGAAAUUUAUUCGCUCAUACGCCAUCUUCUUAUGCACCUACAACAUACGCGCGAUACGAUACGAGCGGUUGGAGUCUUCAGCAACCACAAUUAUCCUAUAGCCAUUGUCAAUCGCUUCAACCACAGUUGCAAUCGAUGCAAUCAAUGCAGAUUCCGACGAUGAACGGUUACAGUCAACUGAGUAGUUCGUUAAGUGAGUCUCUGCUCUAUCCUCCGAACUUCAGUUCUUUGAGCUCGCGAAUCAUUAGACGAUCGGACAAAGCUUUUCAAGGCAAUUACCUGGAUGUUCCAGGUGGAACGACUGGAUCACCAGGAUCGAUGACCAAUGGAUCCUUUGGUGGCACGUUCACGGCUUGUGGUAGGAGACACGAACCUAGCAUGGCGACUGAAACGAUGCCAGCAAGAUGCUAUUGGCCGGAAAUGGUAAACGUGAAAGAGGAACCAGGUAGUACACCGGCAUCAACAUCAGCCGUCGGCGGUGUUCCACCGACCAUGAUGGGAACCACAGUUGCAUCGAGUGUUUCCGCGCCAGCAUUUCCCUCCGUCGAAUUUCAAACGCGAUCGAAGUGUUUCAUGUGAAUCGUCUAAUCGAUCUAUUCGAUAUACAUAUAUAUAUAUAAAAAAAAGAUAAAAAAGGGACACUUCGUUUUUGUUCACUUUUCGGUACGUAAAUACGUACCAGGUGUUAUCAUAAUUCUCUCUCUCUCUCU